AGAUGUGUUGCUUCCCCGCCCCUUUCUGCACUGCAGAAGAACUAGAAAAGGGAAUCAGCUCUGUCAUACACCCCAGGUAAACCUAACAGGAUGCAAGAGGCCAUUUGAACUGCACUUUUUAAACCCGCCAGGACCUCUUCUCUCUACCAUGCCCAGAGAAUGAAGGCUCUUCCAGUCAUGCUGAUAAAAAGGAUAUUACUGUACAUACUUCUAGCAAUGCUGGCUCAGAGCAACUAUCAAGUUUACGGAUUUGAUGCCACUGAUUGUCCAGCUGAAAUUCAAGUUAAAAGACAGUCCCAGUACAAAGUUUAUAUUGGGAACUCUUUGAUUAUAGACUGUCCAGUUCAUUACUGCAAGAAAAAGCCAGUCAUGCAGUGGUGCAAGUUGGAGGAGGCUACAUGUAUCCUGGUGAAGGAGGGCAAAGCAGAAUGGAAGUCCAAGAUGUUUACUCUGGAGUUUCUCUCAGUUCAUCAGAAUGAUAGUGGGCUGUAUCGUUGUCGAGCAAUAGAGGACAACUUGCACAGUGAGAGCCAUGCAAUAACUGUUAUUGUUGAAGAAAAGCCUGCAAACAUUAUCACAAUUUCACCAGAAAAUACCACUGGCAUUUCAGAAGAGUUCCAAGAAGCUGGAAACUACAAGAUGUGGCACAUUAUUUGUGCUUCAGCAGCUGUGGGUCUAUGUUGUCCAUUCAUCAUCAUAUGCAUGUUCUGGUGUCUAAGGAGGUACCAUGCAAAGAAAAAAAGAACUCCAGUAACUCAACAGAGACAAGUGAGCCUGGUCAGAAGUCCAGCAGCUACUCCAUCCCGUGCUGCUGGGACAACUGAAGCUUCAGAAGAAAGCUCCUCACUUUGCUAUUGCUCCAUGGCAAGCCCACUGCAGGCCUUGCACAGCAACACAAUUUAUGACAACUAUGUCCCUCCCUGGAAUGUUCAGAGGACAUUGCCUGGUGCACCUCACAAUGAUCCUGUUAUUCCUUCCAUCCCAGUUUUACCUGAAAACCCAGAUGUCCUCACAUAUGCUUCACUAAAUCAUUCUGCUUCUGCAGAAAGGUGCCAGAGAAGGGAACAAACUGUAGUAAAUGAACUUACAGAAUAUGCCUCCAUUAAUGUAAAUAAAUAAAUAAAUGUGGCAAGGGCUUCUCCAGACAACCAUUUUGCAUGCACUCUCAGUUCUAGCUUCCCUCAAGGAUGGUGUUUCUUUCUCUUUUGAGAAAACUUCCCUUUUGUUAAGAAGAACCUAUGGAAGCUCCCCUGCAACAUCAGAAUUCAAAAUACAUCCUGUGUUGAUGGGUGGGUAUUUGCACUGUGUGUUUGUCUCUUAAAUGGGGGAAUAAGCAAACAAACAAACAAACAAUGUGUUUUCUUAUUUUUCCUUUUUUUUUUUUUUUUCAGGGUUCUGCUUCUACUCUGACUUUGAUUUGGUUACAGUUUGAAUAUAGACAGAGGGGAGAAGGGGAAGGUUUUCCUAGGGUAUACAUGUAAAAUGAAUCAAUGAGGAAGAUGAUACUGGGUCAGGUUAAUUUCUCCCAAGUAAAAGCUAAGAGUGCCUGUGGGAGCAUUUUUCUCAGAGUUUCUAAAAACAUCCUUCUAAGUAUUCAAUUUUUCAUUCCAGUUUAUCUCUGUGCAAAGUUAUGUGAGCACCAUGAAUGUCUAAAGCUAUUAUUAAGCAAAAUCAGGUGAAUGCUUGUGUAUCUGUGUGUUUGUUUUUUGUGGAAUGCAGGAAAGGCAGAGAUGGUUGUUUUCUGUUGGCAAAGAAUUCUCACAAAUGUGUGAGAAAAUACUGAAAUAUAGUGUACUGUGUUUUUCUCUCGGUGGGACGGUUGGUUAGUGAAGUUAUUGCAUACCGCUUUUGUCCAUGAUGAUUCAAUGGAAAUAACAAAUGAUCAGCAGUGACUGACCCCAGUCAAAAUAAAAAUAUUUUGUUCAAAAAUAAA